GUGGUGGUAGCACGUUUAUAGUGUUGCCAGUUACCUGUAGUGGCGUGAAGCUGAGCAGUCGUGUUAAAGUACCCUCUGCUGCUUAGGGAAAAGGACUUCUAUUACUUGUUACAGUGACGUGUGUUUCAUUAGAGGAGAUUGAAAUUUUGCGGCAGUGUGCGUUGUGAGUUGGAGGAAGGAGGGUGUGUGAGGUGCGGUGACUGACAUACAUACACACACACAUACACACGCAAGGGGUCUCACUCACGAUGAGUGCGGUGUCGGUGGUGGCAUGUGGAGGCAGGGCGUCUAGAUGGCGCUAACCACAACCCUCAUGUAUAGGUGACCUAAGAUGGGGUCACUCCCUCCCGUCCAACACGCCUGACCUGAGCUGACCCGAGGCAUGGGGUCAAAAUUGGCUUGCGUCGGCAGUGGCACGGAGGACUCCACCAUGGGGCAGGAGGAGGCAGCCAAAACGGAGGAAGAUGCCACUGAUGGAAGGAGACAACGAGGAGGAGGAGGAGGAGGAGGAGGAGACAGAACGGAGAGGAGAUGAAGUAUGACAGAGACGCUGAGAAAUUAGUGGAUCUGGUCUCGUCUCUCAGUGAUCAGGAUGCUGCCGGGAUGCAAGUCAAGGUCAACCAUUAUUUGUCUACGCGUUGCCGGGCAGGGCUGGUGUUCCUCAUCCUGGUGAACGAGGACGAGGAGUUGUCAGUGCACGUGAUCGGCCCCCACCGCCUCUCCUGCCCCGUGAAAAUACCCGUGAGCAACAAUAGCUUCAGCACGGCGCUCUCCUCCCGGCGUCCCAUCACCCUGGCGGACAUCGAGCCGUCGCACCGGGAGGACUUGUGGCGGCUGCUGGGCCUCAUCCACGACAGCGAGCGGUUCAGCGCGGUGGGGCGGACGUGUGUGGACCACGACGGCGGGGACGACGUGGUGCAGGAGCGCCCCUGCCUGCGGGAGACGCGCAAUGGCUCGGCGAGGAGUGUGGACGCUGCCACCACUUCCUCCCGCAGGCUGUUCCGGGACUUGUCGGUGGACCAAGACACAAGAGGCCCGGGAGAGGCACACCCGGGCAGACGCUCCUCGGCCGCCCCCCGCAUGGCCUUCUCCACGCACAAGCUGCAAAGAGUACCCACAUCCCAGCCCAGGGCGAGGACACCCCCGCCAGGCUUCCCACUGUCUCGCACACCGUCAGCCUGCCCCCAGUGGAGGCAAACCAUGCCCCCAGAAGUACCGGUAAGGCGUCCGUGUCGGCAGCAUCACCUGGAGCGCCACGAGUCUGAGGGCUACCGUUCGCUGGCGCCCGUGUGUCCCGCCUCGCUGCUGUGUGUUCCUGUGCCCGGCCCGCGCAGGGACGCCACCGCCAUGCUGGUCGUGCUGGUAGACAAGCAGGGCGGCGGGGACUUCCUGCCGCAGGACGUGCAGGUGGUGCAGGACUGCUUCAGGUGUGUGGUGGGCAUCCUACUGAACACCGCGGAGGCGGAGCGAGAGCGGCGACUCAGGACGCAGUGCCAGGCGCUGCUGACGGUGGCGCAGAACCUCUUCACUCACCUCGAUGACGUGUCGGUGCUGCUGCGGGAGAUCAUGGCGGAGGCGAGGCAGCUGACGGACGCCGAAAGGUGCUCACUCUUCCUGCUGGAUCGGGAACACGAGCAGCUGGUGGCCAAAGUCUUCGAUGGCGAGAGGAAGGAAGAGUCCCUCGAAGAAGUUCUCCUACCUGUCUUGCAGAAUUUACCUGGUGUCUACGUCACGGGAAGUACCUGGAAACACCUGUCCUGUCCUGUAUUCACCUGCCCUUCACACACACCUACCUUGACAAACACCUGUAUUCUUACCUGUACAUUUUCCCCCUCACCUGCUUCCCUGCUUCGCCACCUUUGUACUCCGAAGCUCCUUGCCAAGGAGAACCAGAAUCCCUACGAUCAGAGAAAUAAGGAUUUAUACUCAGCCAGAGAUAUGAGAGAUGAGAUGAGGGGAGCGGAGUGGCGGUCACAGGUCAAAGCCUUGAGGCACACCCGUGUGAGUGCAGGUGAGGUGCGUUUGCCGGCUACUCAGGGCAUUGCGGGUCACGUGGCAUCGACGGGCGCCCUUCUCAACAUACGCGAUGCCUACGCCCACCCGCUCUUCUACCGAGGCUUCGAUGAGUGUACCGGCUUCAAGACCAGGAACAUCCUCUGCUUCCCCAUCAAGCAAGACGGGGAGGUGAUAGGCGUGGCGGAGCUGUGCAACAAGACAACUGGCCUGCACUUCACGCGGUUCGACGAGGAGAUAGCCACGGCCUUCAGCAUCUACUGUGGCAUCUCCAUCAGUAACUCCCUGCUCUACAAGAAGGUCUCAGAGUCACAAGUCCGCUCCAAGCUUUCCAAUGAGCUCAUGAUGUUCCAUAUGAAGGUGACGAAGGAGGAGGUAGAUCGUCUAGUACAGGUGGAUGUGCCGCCCCCAAGCCACUUCCACCGUGACUUCAACUCAUUCAGAUACUUCCCACGCCAGCUGCCAGACCCCUGCACCUCCCCAGCCAUCCUGUCCAUGGUGGAGUCCCUCGGCAUGAUUACCAAGUUCAGACUCAGCCGAGAGUCACUAGCCAGGUUUACCCUCAUGGUGCGUAAAGGUUACCGGGACCCUCCCUACCACAAUUGGCUGCACGCCUUCUCCGUCACACAUUUUGCCUUCCUGUUGCUCCAAAACCUGCAGCUGGUAGAGAGGGGCGUGCUCACCUCUCUGGAGGCACUGGCACUCAUCGUGUCUUCCAUGUGCCAUGACCUGGAUCACCGAGGCACCACCAACUCAUUCCAGGUGGCAAGUAAUUCUGUGCUGGCAUCGCUGUACUCCUCUGAGGGUUCCGUGAUGGAGCGCCACCACCUGGCCCAGGCAAUGUGCAUCCUCAACACUGAUGAUUGUAACUUCCUGGAGAACCUGAGCCGGGAGGAAUACACCAAGUUCCUCGACCUAAUGAGGGAGAUCAUUCUGGCUACUGACUUGGCCCACCACCUGCGCAUCCUGUCUGAGCUACGGCAAGUGGCUGAGGAAGGCUACGAUUCAGCCAACCCUCGCCACCACGAUUUGCUGAUCUGCCUCCUCAUGACAGCAGCAGACCUAUCAGACCAAACCAAAGACUGGCAUUCCUCUAAGCAUGUGGCUGAGCUGAUCUACAAGGAGUUCUUCACCCAGGGGGACUUAGAGAAGGCAAUGGGGAACAUGCCCUUGGAGAUGAUGGACCGAGAGAAGGCUUUCAUUCCCGAGCUUCAGCUUCAGUUUCUGGAUGAUGUUGCCAUUCCCGUUUAUGAGAUUGUGGCCAAGCUGUUCCCAGAGGCUGACGAGCCAUACAGCAGCAUCAAGGCCAACAGACGCAACUGGUCCCGUCUGCGUGAUGUCUACAAGAGAAGGAAACCCGAGUCCACCAGCUCCCUUGAGGUAUUUGAGGAUGACUCACUUGAGGAAGAGCUGGAGAAAGAUGAAUCCUGAAACAUCCCAUCGGGCUCUCCUUACAUAACUUGUACUACACUUCAAAAGACACAUUCAGUAUCUUAUUCAUUUACUCCAUGUGAAUAAGAUUUUUUAUGAUAUAAUGAAUCCUACAAAUGCACCCAUUAUAUUUGAAUUUUGGGACUAACUAUCUUGCCAUAAUAAUCUUAGGGAAAAAUUUAAUGUACUACUGAAAAGACUGUUACACUGGUCUUGUUUUAUUUAUAAGAAAGUCUACCUCUUACGUGUUUGGCUGAUGUUAUCUAUGUACACAGUUUUUAGAAAAAAUUCAGUGGUGUGAUUUUCAAUCACUGGAUUGAAUUCUCAUUUUAUUCACUAUUCAGAGUGCCAUAUGCAUGCAGCCACUCCCACAUCAAUGAGUGGGAGAGCUGAGGGCCAGGGGAGGCAGGGACACUUGCCACAAUGCAGGGAGAGUAACUGUAUUUGACUAUCUAGUUAUUGAGAAUUUCCAUGGUGACUCUGACUUUCCUACUCCACCACACACCACAGACUCCAUUACAUUUCCCCACAGGCUCUCCAGACUCAACAGCCUCUCCACACACCGCACUGCCUCUACACACAACACCACUGAUCUCAUUGGCUCUCCUGUGCCAAUACAAGAACCACCACACCACACAACUACACUUAACAUAUACAAACACAGACAUGUUUUUUGUCCCAAGAACAGUAAUACUCAUUCAUUCAUUGCCUUAGGAUGAGUAUUACUCUUGUGACAUUUUUCAUUGUUUGUAGUUUCCAGCAUCUGCUAGUGCAUCAUAUUAUGAUGUAAUCUCAAUACUAUUAUUCUUAUACAUUCAUCUGCUGUAUUUCUCUUGAACCAAUUUAACUGCUUCAAACAUAAAUGCAUAGUUUCUUGAUCUUUUAUAGGCUCAUUUUGACUGCCAGUGACACUAAGGUGUUAUUUGAAUAAUUACAUGAAUCCCAUGAACAAAAAGAAUUUAAUUACAGACAUGAAAAGGUUUGAACAAAUUGAUAAUUCCUUUUGCUGCCUGAGGUAUCUACCAGAAUUAUAGUAAAUUUGCACCACAAAAUAUAUAAAAACAUAAGGAGAAGCCAUAGCAGUCAAAAAAUUAAAGGCACCUUGACUUAACCAACAUCAAUCAUCUACGUACUUUUCAUUUUUCAUCAUGUCAUCUCAAUAUGUAAGUACUUACACAGAACAUUUUCAUAGUGAGCACUGUUUUCCUCGGGUCUUCAUUGUUAGCUUUACAUAUGAAUUUUUUUAGAACUAAUCAGUCAUAAUGCAAAGUCGAGCAUCAGAGAAAGACAAAAACAACUAACUCAUUAUGGUUCUGAUGCUUUAUGUUUCUUCAAUAAGGCUGAGGACAUUAUAAUAUGAGCUCCUAAGCCAAAGCUUUACCCCUGUGGAAGGCCAAGACACUGCAAAUUGCAGUAGUGGUUGUCAAACGUAUGUGAUACGAAGCUAGUCAAACACUUGUAUAAACAGUGGUGCCUCUAUUGUAGGUGUGGCUAGCAGGAAUUUUAUAUCGUGAAUGCUUCUAAUUUAGUUUAAAUCAGAAUCCAAUUUUUAAACUGUCACCUGAUAAAGAAAAGAGGCAUAAGAGAAGUAAAACAAGCAAGUGGAAUGUUUCCAUGACAGGAAAUAGUGGAGGAAAGGCAAGUAUUUUAUUCUUGAAGGAAGGCAACAAUCAAAACAUUUGAGAAAAAAUGGCUUCUUCUUCCUCCCCUGUAUCCUCUCUGCUAUAUUCCACAUAAAUGAAGAUGCAGUGGUAACUUGUAUUAUGGUCAAAUAAGAUCCUCAAAAAAUCAUACACAUUGAUAAGAAAAUAUGCAUGAUUCUGUCUGUAGGGAUGAGACCAAAAGUGAAGCAAUGUAGCAGUGGUCAUAAAUGGCUGAAAGAAAAUAUAUUACAAUUACUUUUCUAUAGGUGUGAGGAGAAAAGUUGAAAAUGCUUGUAAAGGAAUAUUUAAAAGUAUUUCUCCUAAGAUGAUUUGAUGAGAAAUGGAGAGGUUUUGAAAGAAUUGUAUGAAAAUGUUUAGAUUUGUAUGGAAAAGUGGAAAUUGAAUGAAAUGUAUAAAAGUAUUUCUGAUAUAUUUGUGUAGAAAAGAAAAAUAAUGUCUGCUGUCACCUGUACAACUACAAUUUCCUUUUUAAUGAAUUUUUAGUGAGUUUAUUCAGCACUUCAUCAGCUGUCAACUGUAUGCUUCCUAUGUGUCCUUUUUUUUCUCCUGUGAGAAUGUACAUUUACUAUACAAUUCAUUUUUUUUUUUUUUCUUAUCAGACUACUCUUAAGAAGUGGCCCAAAUUCUAUGUUCUAUCUCUGAAUGAUAGUUCAUUGUAUGUGAUUUCAAAUUUUUGCUGUUUCUUUUCCUUUUUCUUUUCUUCAUACAGGGUAUUCUACUUUUUUUUUUUUUUUAUGUAAUUAGCCCACUCAAUUUUUUUUCCUGUCUGUGUGUGUGUGUGUGUGUGUGUGUGUGUGUGUGUGUGUGUGUGUGUGUGUGUGUGUGUGUGUGUGUGUGUGUGUGUGUGUGUGUGUUGCAAUGCUAAUGGAGUUACUGUUUUCUCCAUUGAAGUCUUGGUGCUUUCUCAGCUUGUAUAUUUUUUUAAUGAAACCUUCUCUGUCUGGUGAUAGAAAAUAUAUUACUAGAAUAUCCUUGGCUGUAAUAUCAUCUUUGAACCAAAAGUGUUAUCUUCCAUUACACGUGGCUUAUAUUUUUACCUUAAUUGGCUUGCUUUGUAAGGUAACUGUACUUAAUGAUUUACUGAGUGAUUCCUGCGUGACUGAUUUUGUUACUUGUGUUAUUUUGAUUAUUCAGUACAAUUAUUUAUUUGCCAUGUGAUAAGUGUCAUAUAUAACGAAGUACUUCACAGCAUAAUAGUUGUGUGCCCUGAUGAGGUAUGAGGUGUGUACAGUAGGGACAGGACAGAACAGGACCCAGCAGGGAUGGAUCUUUGGAUCUUGCUUCAGGAGCUUAAUGUUUUUGUGUCCAAGUUGACAUUUUGUGCUGGAGCCGAGGCCUGCAGGUUUACACAGAAAAUGUCCCUGAAUGAUGCAAUUAUGUGGAGAGAGAAGUACAAUUAUUCUGCUUAUCCGGAGAGGUAUAUUGAAAGAUGGCCAUAUACAUAUAUACAUAUAUAUAUAUAUAUAUUUUUGUAUGUAUUAUUGAACAAUUAGGAUAGUGAUGGAGUUUCUGGGGCAUGUCAUGUUCAGUUUUUUGGUGUAGCACAAAUGUAUGUGUAUGGUAAAGACAAGCUUUACUGAGUAAACAUCUGGCCCAAAGCAAAGCAAUCUGGGCCGGCUAAGCCGUGGGGGAGAAUAGACGUGCAGCAGACGGCCUAGGAAGAACCCUCAAGCAAGAUUCACAGCUGCCAUAUCAGGCAUCAGGUGCAGAACACAAGUCCUCCCUGUCAGUUGAUGUCAGAACAUUAUGACUGAACAUGAAUUGUGCAUUUGAUGUACUGUUGUUGUAGUGUUCACCUUGCAGUCAACGCACACAUACACUGAAGACUGAGGGAGGAGUGGUGCGCCAGAGUUGGUCCGGGGCUGAAUAAGCAUCAUUUCACUUCACUUAUGUAUUUCAAUAUUAACGAUCAUCACUGUGGUACAGCGUUAUUUUCCUUUAUGGUGUCUCCUUCUCAGCUACAUAGCACUGUCUUCACUGGUAUGUGGUGGAUGUGCAUUUAGAGGCAGAACCAAUGUUCUAUAAAAUCAGUACAGAGACUGUGUAUUGUGUGUUCUGUGUAGCCACCGCUGUGUGCUCUCUUCUACUACACUUUGGUAACAGUUUUGAAUGACUCCAACAGCCUCACCUUCCUUGUCACUCACCUGAAGACAUGAGUCACCUCAUGCCUCAUGUCAGUCAUCACUUAAUCUUCAGUCAGUCAUGAGUGAUGCUUCAUGAUGCCAUGCAGGAACUGGCUGGUGGCAAGAAAGAAGAUAAUUAAUAUUUGACUUAUACUUUAAAAAGUUGUCAUUACUAAUGACAUAUUCAUUGUGUGGCAAUAUUUCAUGCAGAUGCUGCACAGCUUAAAAUUCUAAAAAGAAAACAGUUGCAUUUAUUUUCUUUGAUUACAGUACAAAUCCAUUACUCAGAAUGCCUUCAACAACACAGUGACUCAUUGGAAUGCCUGUAACUAAUCAAAAUGUCAGUAUCUUUCCUUCAGGAGAUCCUGUGUGCUUCCUUGAGCACACCAAGUAUUGCACCAAAUUUCUGGUCUUGAACUACCUGGUGAGGCCACUCAGGACUUAGUGGAUGGUGGUUGACCCUCAUCAGGCAGGAUUGUUCAUUGGUUAGCCCACACUGUGCUGGCUGCCAUUAUCCAGCUAGAGCACUGGGUUACAGACCAAGCAUUCUGCCAUACUGAAUAUUCAAAUAUGUACUGUUUUCUUCUCUUCAGUUUUAACAAGGCUGUCUGAUUCAAAACUAUUACCCCAUGUCAUGCAUUUGUGAAGAUUACACUGUCAUGAAUAUAUUACAUGUUGGAAAAUAUUUUUCCCAAUAAAAUCAUUCCAUUGUGA